AUGUGUGAUAAUACCAAUCCGUCAACGCAAAGUAUAGCGGACUACUUAGCUCAGUUGCUCAAAGACAGGAAGCAACUGGCUGCGUUCCCGAAUGUUUUCAUGCACAUGGAGCGGCUUUUAGAUGAAGAAAUCGCAAAAGUGCGCGCGAGUCUGUUUCAAAUCAACGGGGUGAAGAAAGAGCCACUCAUCCUUCCAGAACCUGAGGGCAUGGUCACCACACUCACAGAAAAAGUUUAUGUGCCAGUCAAAGAACACCCAGAUUUCAACUUCGUGGGUAGGAUCUUGGGGCCCAGGGGUAUGACUGCCAAACAGUUGGAACAAGAGACAGGCUGCAAAAUCAUGGUCAGAGGAAAAGGGUCCAUGAGGGACAAGAAGAAGGAAGACGCGAACAGGGGCAAGCCAAAUUGGGAGCACCUGGCUGACGAUCUACACGUACUGCUCACAGUGGAGGACACUGAGAACAGGGCAAAGAUCAAGUUGGGCAGGGCAGUGGAGGAAGUUAAGCGUCUGCUUAUUCCACAAGCCGAUGGAGAAGAUGAACUGAAGAAGCGUCAGUUGAUGGAACUGGCUAUAAUAAACGGCACAUACCGUGACUCAAGCGCAAAAGCCGUUCCAGUCAACGGUCAGUGCGUAUUAACUGACGAGGAAUGGCGUCGCGUUGCUGCUGAAACUCAGAGACUGCUCGCACCCACUGGCGGUGUAGCCGGCGUGGGCAGUGUGGCCUUACGCACCCAAGCGCCUCUGGGGGCACCCUUGAUCCUCUCUCCGCGCAUGACAACUGGGCCGGGAGCUCAAGCUAGCCUGCUUAACGGUACAGGCGCGGGUGCUGCUGCCGGUCUGCUGUCGCCCGGUGAACCAGCCCACCAGCUGAUCUACGCCUCGCCGUACGCUGAUUACGCUAACUACGCAGCGCUGACGGCCGCUGCGAACCCCUUGCUGACAGCGGAAUACGCCGCCGCUGACCAUACGGCGUCGAGGUGUCGUGCGGAGGGCGGGACGACUUACGCAAGUGAGGGAGCACCCUUACCAGCGCACUGCCUUACCGGCGCCUUAAAUUUCCCGCCAAUUCUCACGCCGCCAUUUUGUUUACAAGGUACGUGCUAA